AUGAUAGGGGAAAAUACCUUUAAAGCACUUUCUCAAAACUUAUCCAACUUGACAAGGUUCUACCUAGCUGGUAUUGAUUUGUCUUCUCUCCCACCAGCACUCCCUUUCAAAAACUUCUCAUCCUCUUUAACAUAUAUAGAACUCAUCGAUUGUAAGUUGAGUAGGAAGCUACUAGAGAGUAUUUUUGAGUUGUCGAAUCUCACCGCUCUUUCUUUAGAAGAUAAUGAAGCACCAAAUGUCUCUCUCCCAACAUCUAAUUGGAGUAGUGCACUUAACAGCUUAAGUCUCCGUAAUAACACCUUCUCCAUUGACUUACCUCUUUUAUUGAAAGAUAUCCCAAAAUCUUUGUCUUCUUUGGAAUUAAGUUCCAGUAACUUAGUUGGUCCACUUCCGGACAACAUUCAAUUUUAUGACUCGUCAAUCCAUCUCGUGCAUAGUGCUCCAAAUUUCACUGAAUUGAUUUUAUCAAACAACUUACUCAACGGGACAAUACCAACAUGGAUAUAUGCCCUACCGUAUUUGGAGUAUUUAAACCUCAGAGACAACCAAUUUACUGGGGAGAUAAUUCGUGAUUUUGAAACUACUUCAUUCGGUGAAACUGUGUUUUUGGGCAUCACUCCAAGAUCCACAUUUCAAAGUCAAAACCUCCAAUAUUUGGAUCUCUCAUCAAAUAAGUUCAGUGGUACUUUGGAAUUGGAAAAGCUUUUAAUUUCCAAAAGGUUAGCAUAUCUUGACCUUUCCUCUAAUAAUAUUUCAGUAACUUUUGGAAACACCAAAAACUAUAGUUUGGAUAAUCUUGAGGGAUUAUAUCUGUCUUCUUGCAACAUUACUGAGUUCCCACACAUUUUAAAAUCUUCAAAACAAUUACAAAUUUUAGAUCUCUCCCAUAAUCAGAUUCAAGGAAGUGUUCCUAAAUGGUUAUGGGAGGUGGGAAAGAAUUCUCUCUACAACUUGACUCUCUCUCACAAUUUUUUAACAUAUAUAGAGCCUCUUCCAUGGAAUGGGUUAUCAUAUCUUGAUCUCAGCUCGAACUCGUUCUCAGGACCUCUUCCAAUUAUUGCAUCAUCUUAUCUGCAGUUCUUCUCAGUAUCCAAAAAUCAAUUUGUGGGAGAGAUCCCAACUUCCUUUUGCAACAUGUCAUUCCUUGCGGUGCUUGAUAUAUCUUCGAAUAACUUGAGUGGUAUCAUUCCUCGAUGCAUUGUAAAACAUAGUAAACUUCUUUCGGUCUUGAAUUUUUCUAGGAACAAAUUUUAUGGUACUAUCCCCAACACAUUUUCAGUAGGAAGUACUUUGAGAAAUCUCAAUCUAAAUGGAAAUCAUUUAGAAGGCUCAUUGCCAAGAUCACUAGAAUAUUGCAGAAAUCUUGAAGUCCUAGAUCUUGGAAAUAACAUCCUCAACGACUCAUUUCCUCACUGGCUAGACUCUCUUCCAGCCUUACGGGUUUUAGUCUUGAGAUCUAAUAGGUUUUAUGGUUCAAUAAGAAAACCUAAAAUCAAAUAUCCUUUUCCUGAGUUAAGGAUUAUAGAUUUGUCCCACAAUGAGUUUGACGGUGCUCUUCCAACAAAAUACUUUGUCAACUUCAAAGCUAUGAUUUUCAAUACAAAGAAUGUAGAACUGAAGUACAUGGGAGAGAAUUAUUACCAAGACUCUAUAACAGUGACCAUGAAAGGAUAUGAGUUAGAGUUGGUGCAUAUCCUAACUAUCCUUGUAACUCUUGAUUUCUCAUGCAAUAAUUUUAGUGGAGAGAUUCCAGUGUUCCUUGGAGGGCUGAACGAACUCAAGGGCCUCAACAUUUCUCAUAAUAUGCUCACAGGUACCAUACCAUCAUCAUUGGGAAAUUUGACUAACCUUGAGUGGUUAGACCUCUCUGCUAACAAGCUAAGUGGGAAUAUCCCUUUGCACUUGACCGAUUUAAUAUGGCUCCAAAUCUUAAACCUUUCAGAAAACCAACUCGUGGGACCAAUACCCAAUGGUAAGCAGUUCAAUACUUUUAGCAAUGAUUCAUUCAAAGGAAAUUUAGAUUUGUGUGGUUUUCCACUGUCCAAACCAUGCAAUGAGGAAUAUGAAGGAUCAACCGUGGAGCAAGAAAAUGAAUCGGAGGAUGCAAAUGGAUUUACUUGGAAAGUUGUGGUAUUGGGGUAUGGAUGUGGCUUUGUGUUUGGGAUCUUCAUAGGUUAUAUUAAUUUUUUCUCAAAUUGGAAGAGCAGUAAUAAUAAUGAUACUUUGCCCAAUAUUCUUUCUGAAUUACAUUUGUCUUCAUGUGGCAUAAGUGAGUUCCCAUACUCCUUAAGAAGCUUAGAAAAUUUAAGAUACUUGGAUCUCUCCAACAAUCAAAUCGAAGGGAGUGUUCCCCAAUGGCUAUGGAAUAUGGGUAAGGAUUCAUUGCUUCAAAUCCUUGAUUUGUCAAAUAACAAUUUGAGUGAGAACAUUCCUCCAUGCUUAGGAAAUUCAAGUCUCCGUGUGCUAGAUUUGCACAAGAAUAAGCUUCAUGGCUUGAUUCCUUCACAUUUUGCAAAGGGAAACUGCCUAGGUGUUUUGAAUCUCAAAGAAAAUCAAUUGGAAGGUUCUUUACCAAAGUCUUUGCUCAAUUGUAAAGAGUUGAAAUUUUUAGAUAUUGGAAUCAACAAGAUAAAUGGAGCAUUCCCCUGGUGGUUGGAAUCUCUUCCGAAUCUCCAAGUUCUUAUCUUGAGAUCUAAUAGAUUUCAAGGUCCAAUAGGCAAUCCCAAGUUGAGACAUCCCUUUCACAAUUUGAGAAUCAUGGAUCUCUCUGGCAAUGAAUUUACUGAUCAUUUGCCCCAAAAAUAUUUUAAGAAUUUUGUGGGAAUGAUGAAUGCUACUUCAGAUUACUUGAGAUACAUGGAAUAUCCAACACUAAUUCGAUAUUAUGAAAGCAGUUCAUUGACAAUAAAAGGAUAUUAUCCUGAGUUAGAGAAAAUCCAAACCAUGCUUAUAUUCAUUGACUUCUCAAGAAAUAACUUCACAGGAGAGAUCCCAGAAUUGCUUAGUAAGCUCAACUCACUCAAAGGGCUCAAUUUUUCACAUAACAAGAUAUCUUGCAAUAUUCCACCAUCCUUGGGAAAUUUGACCAAUCUGGAAUGGUUAGAUCUCUCCUCGAAUGAGCUUGUUGGGAAGAUUCCAUGGCAAUUGGCAGCAAAUCUAAAUCAACUCCAAAUUUUAAAUCUUUCUGUGAACCAAUUGGAGGGGCUUAUACCUCGCAGUCGACAAUUUGAUACAUUCACAAACGAUUCAUACAAAGAGAAUUUGGGCUUAUGUGGGUUUCCAAUUUCAGAAUCAUGCAACGAGGACACCAUACACCAAUUUCAGCAAGAGGACAAUGAGGAGCAUGUGAAGGGAUUUGAUUGGAAAAUUGUGUUAAUAGGAUUUGGAAGUGGAAUGGUUAUUGGAAUUUCGAUCGGAUACAUGUUCCUUACCGAUCAAAACAUUGAUGGGAUUGUCAAAACAUUGAAAGGAGAACAAUGGCAUCUUAUGGCAAAAAGAUCAAAGCAGAGGAGGGCUCGUCAAAAUGUUGGAAUUGAGAGAAGACAUUAG